AUGACAGCAAGGUGGCCGAGCAGCUGCUUGCAGACUGGCUCGAGCGUAUUCACAAGCAGAUAUGAAUCCACCCAACUAGCAGCGAUACCAAGGCGCAGCAUAAUACGACAUUAUGCGCAACCACCACCGCGACCAACCCAACAGCGGCCAGCCAAGCAAGAUCAAGCCGUCGUUCGCAUAGAUGAGAAGGGCUACGCUGCCAACUCAGCUUUGAUAUGGAUCCGAUCCGGUGCAAAAUCUAAUCCGGUCAAUCCACCGCGAAGCACACUGCCACCUCCUCUAGUGUUGUCCGAGCGGAAGGAUAUACCCAAUUUCUUCUAUUACUGGUUUAAGAUCGGUAGUGCAUACGGAACAUUCUAUAAAGAAGGUGUAAAAGCAGUAUGGUACAACAAUAAAGCUGGCCGAGCACUGCGGGAGCGUAUCAGCAAGGAUGGAGCAGGGGACGAUGCGCCCGCGGCUGCAGUUCAGGGCAGGAUAAGCAGGUCUGAGUGGCAGCUGUUGGCUAGAAAUACGCAUGACAUUGGUAAACUGCCGCUAUUUGGCGUACUUGUUCUGCUGUUCGGAGAAUGGCUACCCUUGCUUGUGCCGUUUAUGCCUGGUGUUGUGCCGGGGACAUGUCGUAUACCGAAGCAAGUGGGUGGUAUGAGGGAGAAGGCCGAGGAGCGGAGACGCAUCACGUUCAGGAUGGGCAAUUUUGAGCCAGAGCAGGCACAAAUCAAGUAUGCUGAGGUCAAGACGUGGCCCAUGACCGAGACAGCAUAUAUCAACGGCUUACUGCAAGCGAUGAGAGAUGAUCAGCUUCAUCAUCUCUCGUCGAGCUUGACAUUGCAUAGUCGGCUAUGGGAUCGCGUUCAGCUAUACCCGCUCCGCUUCCUCAUGACGCGGAGUCUGACAAAGCACCUCCAAUACCUCGCUAUCGACGACAGAUUACUUUUGCACUCUGGGCGAACGUCUACUUUGACGACAGCAGAGCUGGAACGAGCAUGUGAGGAGCGGGGCUUAGAUGUUCUCGGCAGGCCCGAACCAUAUCUACGCGACAACCUCAGCUGGUGGCUAAAGCGACAGCAAGAUGACGAAGGGCGUGGACGGGCGAUGAUGUCGAUGCUAUUCCGAAGGUUGGCUAUGCGUGAUUGGGUUCGCUUGCAUUUGGAUGCUAAUCGUGAUUCGCAGGCCUAA